GAAGAGAAAAUCACCUCCUUCUGGUAUUAUCUGCUCUUCUCAAGAAGCAUCUACUACAGACUGCACCUGUUAUUUUUCACAUAGGUUUUAAAUUUAAAUUACAUUCAAAUUUAAACCGUACCAUUAUUUUUAACUACAUUUUUUUAGCAGUCUGCCAAUAAAGAUGAGAUCCUGGGCGAACCUCAUAUUCCUAGUCCUUGCUGUCUCCGGUGUUUCUGCUUAUUCUGCUAAAUGCCCAGCAGAUGAAGUUAUAUCACCUUGCGGUUGCGAUGACUCUGACGAAGAAUUCAGCCUUAUUUUGUCUUGCGACAGAGAUAUAUCCUACUCACAUCUGAGAAAUGUCUUGGACACUGUCAAAGGAAUCGACAAUAUCGCUGUCCAGUUAGACGAAAUUAAUUUAGGAGUUCUAGCUUCAGAUUUCUUUGAAGGACUUCGAAUCAAGAAACUUGAUAUCUCCCACUGUAACUUGAUCAGCUUGACCGAUGUUACUGGACCUGCACUUCGAGGACUAGAGGACACUUUGGAAGAACUAGAAAUUAUGGCCAGUUUCAAAGAAGACUACAGCGCUACAAAACUGGAUCUCAGUCACAUGCGCAGAUUGAAAAAAUUGGAUAUGUCGCAUAACGACAUCAAUGAGCUAGGAAAUGACUGGUUUGCUUAUGGACCUGUCUCGCUGCAUACUCUGAUACUUUCCAAUAACGGCAUUCGAAAACUUGGAGACAGAGCUUUUGCCAGUUUGUAUAACCUGAAAGUUCUCCAUCUGGACGGGAAUCGCUUUGGUUCGGUGAAGCGAUCCAUGCUGCCGUAUCCUGCUCACUAUCUCUCUGACGUGAAACUUGACGACAACGAUCUCCUGAGCAUCCCAGAAGAUUUCUUUAUCUACAUGCCUGCUUUGCGUACCCUUUCUCUGAGAAAAAAUAUGAUAACUCAAUUACCACGGAAAACUUGGGAACCUAUAUGGCAAAGUCUGGAGGAUAUACAUCUUGAUGAUAACCCCUUAGUAUGUGAUUCCCACAUCGAGUGGAUGUUCUACACAAGAACUUACGCAAAUAUCUACGGCAAAUGUCAGUCACCUCCUGAAAAGGAUGGAUUUGCGUUACGGGACGUUAUAGAAGGCAGACACUAAUUAUUUGGUAAAAUAAAUUUGAAAAUGUGGAAAUUUUUAAAAACUCAUAUUUAUGUAUCUAUCCUGAAAUAAAAAAUCUGAUGUGUACACCACAUGACUUCCUUGUACGGAAUAUUAAA